GCGUAGCCGCUGAGGUGGGCGGCUGUAGUACUGCGCGCCCGACUGGCUGGCAGUUGCGGGGCCUCUUGCCUCGCCGGGGGCUGCGGGCAGCCGUGGCGGCCGCCGGGGAUCGCAAGGGGCGGAGGAAAGCUGGGGGCGGAGGGGGCCGGCCUCGGUACGCAGAGGAACAGCAGGGCAUGCCCCGAGACAACAUGGCCUCCCUGAUCCAACGGAUCGCCCGUCAGGCGUGCCUCACCUUCCGGGGCAGCGGGGGCAGUCGCAGCUGUUCCGACCGCGGCGAGGCGCCAGGCCCCGAGGCGCCGAUGUCGCAGGGCUUCCCGGAGAACCUGAGCAAGCUGAAGAGCCUGCUGACCCAGGUCCGCGCGGAGGACCUGAACAUUUCCCCGCGCAAGGCCACCCUGCAGCCGCUGAGGCCCAACCUGCCGCCAGUCACCUAUAUGCACAUCUGCGAGACAGACGGCUUCAGCCUCGGCGUGUUCCUGCUGAAGAGCGGCACCUCCAUCCCGCUGCACGACCACCCAGGCAUGCACGGCAUCCUCAAGGUGCUCUACGGCACCGUGCGCAUCAGCUGCAUGGACAAGCUGGAGGUGGGCAGCGGGCAACGGCCGCGGGCCCCGCCACCAGAGCAGCAGUUCGAGCCGCCGCUGCAGCCGGGGGAGCGGGACGCGGUAAGGCCGGGUGUGCUGCGCUCGCGGGCGGAGUACACGGCGGCCAGCGGCCCCUGCGUCCUCACGCCGCACCGGGACAACCUGCACCAGAUCGACGCUGUGGAGGGGCCCGCCGCCUUCCUGGACAUCCUGGCCCCGCCCUACGACCCCGACGACGGCCGGGACUGCCACUAUUACCGGGUGCUGGAGCCUGUCAGGGCCAGGGAGGCCUCCGGCUCGGCCUGUGACCUGCCCCGAGAGGUGUGGCUCCUGGAGACCCCGCAGGCCGAUGACUUCUGGUGCGAGGGGGAGCCCUAUCCAGGUCCCAAGGUCUUCCCUUGAAGCCGCCGGCGCCUGGGAUUGGUGGGCCGAAGACAUGCCCUACUCGUAUCUCGACUUGGCUGGCCGCGACCCAUCACAAGGGCUCUUUUCCUUCCCCCAGGCCUGGGCGUUGGAUCUACUGGAAUGGGCUGUAGCCGCUUCCUCGGGAGCCUUGCGAAGCGCGGCGACUGGACUGCAGCCACCGGGCACCGUUUGGGGGGCGGAGUAGGCGGGGAAGCUAGGUUGUUUCCUGGCUCUGUCACUGCCACUGGGGUUUUGAUUUGUGGGGAGGGGGCAGGGGUCUUAUUUGAAGCGCUUCCAUCCUCAAGCCAUAAUGAAAAUUUACUUUCCUCUGUUCCCCAUCCUAUACAAAAUACACUAAGUGGUUUUCUCCGCCCCCCUCUUUGGGUAAAUAGGGUUUGUUUUCCACUUACGUCCUUAUGCCCUUUUAUUCCUUAUUGUUAUAGUUCUGACUUACUGACUUUGCAUGACCUAGUGGUUUGAAUUGUUUUUAGUUCAAGUCAUUGAUAAAAACUAGGUUUAAAGAGAUGAGCUACUCAUUAAAGUGAGCUGUCCAGCCUAAUUAAGUCGUUGUGAAAGUUAAAUCCAUUUUUCCAGAGUUGGGGGAUUACCCGCAAACAUAACUAUGCAUGUAGAGGGCAAGAUUUAUUUUCUUUCCUCCCCUUGCCCAGUAACCACAUCUGGGUUACUCUGGCAGCAUCUACUAAGAAAUUCAAGCACCUGCAUAUCUCAGUGACAAAUGGUCACUUAGAGCUUCCCGAUGAUUCUCCAGAUCUCUGAGUUGAGAGAUUUCUUGUUGCAGAUUCACCUUUAAUGCAAAAACUAUAUUAUCCUCAAGUGAUUUUUUUUGUCUUAGUGUACUUUAAGAAGUAAUAGGGUAAUUCUGUAUUUUCUAACCAUAAGAUUCAGAGGAGCUGAAUCGGUAUGCUUCCAAACAACUGAAUGUAAAACAU